UCAGGCAAACUCAUAUUUUGGACACUAAAUUCAUCUUCUGAAACUGUUACAGUCAUCAUUUUCAACUUUCAGUCAAAAGACCCAAAUGGCGGAUAUCGCGAACAAUGUGUUUGGCGCUUGCCUCACGUGCUGGGAUCGCACGGCGAAUUACCGGAGGUACAUCAAGAGUCUUGGUGACAAUUUGACCGCCCUCGAGAGCAAGAUGGCAGACCUGCGAUGUGCCUAUGAUAAUGUGAACCGACUGGUCUCAACAGCUGAAAAAGGAGAACGAUGGAUCCGAACGCCCAUCACGGAUGGCUGGUUGCAGAGGGUGGAAACCCAUAGGAAGGAAGCCGAAGAGAUUCUGGUCAAGGGGAAGGAGAUGAUGGGAAUGACUUGCCUGUGCGGACUCUGUUUCAGCAACUGCCGCUCACGUUACAGGCAGUCGAAGCUUGCCGAGGCAAAGAGAGAUGAUAUAGAGACCGAGUUGGACCUAAGCCGUACCUUCAGGGUCAAGGAAGAUGUUGCCUACGAGCCUGCUGAUUUGAUGCUCGAGAGAUCUCUCGAGGCUCUCAGCCGCAAGAGAGAUGAAUUGCACAAUGUCUUUGAGACCGUGAAACAACGAGUUGAGAAGAAGGAAGGUAUGCACUUGGUACGAACACCUGAAGUGGGCGGCUGGUUGGAGCGAGUGCAGCUUCUUCUCGAGAAAGAAGUGAGAAAGAUUCUCGAGCAAGGGGCACAGGAAAUGGAGAAAGGCUUCCAGGGAGUUGGAGGGGACUCUCUCUCUCAGUCUCAAAGGAACUCUACAUCAUAUUAUCAGCUAUCAAAGCAUGCCGAGGAGAAGCGAGCCACUUUGGAAGAAGAGCUUCGCAACGCCAGAAGUUUCGCAGUUUUCACCUACAAGCCAGAUGAUCCCCUGUUGGUUGAGAUACCUCUCGAGCCGCCAGUGGGCUUAGAGUCCAGCUUUGAGGAGGUAUGGCAUGGGCGGUGUGGGAAAGACCACCCUCCUAAAGAAAAUCCACAAUGAAUUCCUGGGAAUUCAGAAUGAUUAUGAUAUUGUUGCUUGGGUUGUGGUGUCCCAACCAACUGAUCCUAGAAAAAUUCAGGGAGCCAUCUGGGAGAAACUGCAUCUCCUUAGAUCUGAAUUUGAUCGCAAGAGUGAAUUGGAUAGAGCUAGCAAGAUAUUGAACAUUAUGAAGAGAAAGAGUUUUCUGCUCUUUUUGGAUGACGUAUGGGAGGAAAUAGAUCUCUUGAAUCUUGGCAUUCCUUCUCCCGAUCAUCAACACAAAUCAAAGAUCAUCUUCACAACCCGAUCAGGGGAAGUAUGUGAUCUAAUGCGAGCUGAGAGGACAAAGAAGAUUGAUUGUUUGCCACCAGAUAAAGCCCUGAAACUAUUCCGAGAGAAGGUGCUUAAGAGAACUCUGGGUUGCAGGGUGUACGGGUUUGCGGUCACUUAUAAUCCCGAAGCCAUCAUUGAGGAGAAUUGGAGGAGAUAAGCGUGGUCAAGGGAGAAUCAUACGGUUGCGUCGGUGAGACUGGGAGAAGUGAUGGAUCAGGAUCUCCUCAUACUCUUCCUUCUUCUUAUUAUCCUGAACUAACUUCAACUUCAAGUUGCCUGGAAAGUCAGAACUGCUUCCGUAGCCUCAAAACGAUAUUCAUCAUGAAUUGUGGAAGGUUAAAAGAAGUGACAGCUGUAAUUUAUCA